AUGAACAUGAUCGCUGAAAUGACCUCUUCAAAAUCAUCUUUCGAAUCAUCAUUUUUUAAUGAAUAUCCUCUCGUUCGUUCAAGAACAUCUUCGUUUUCAACCAAUAAUGCAACUUCUUCUUAUGCUAGCCCAUUCUUCUCUCAACAAAACAACCAACAAUGUUACACAAGAUCUUUAUUUUCUCAUUUACAACAACAAGAAGAAGAAGAGGAGCUCGAGUCCCCUAUCAAUAUUUACCAUGAACAUAGAGGCCAUUUAGAAGAAGAUAAAAAAGCAAGAACUGAAUUAAUUACUGAAAUCGCAAAUGAUGAUUUAUAUUUGAUGGAAUCUACUAAUAAUAAUAAUGAAACUUGGGCUUAUUAUCAUAAUGAUAUGUUUAAUACUAAUAAUAUGUUUAGUAGCUUUGACGGCAUUAAUAGUGUCACUUGUCAAUAA